UUGCACGUCAACCUGCCGGCCGGAAACAGUCGCCUAACGCUGCGCCAGUUGCUGGACCGGCUUUUGCCGCCGGAUGCCACCGGGCAGGGCGAGGCCGCAGCCCGGUUGGAUAGGCGAGACAAUCCCGACCUGCCGGCCUGUUACGCCGUGCUGCUGACGCUGGCGCAACAGUGGCGAGCCGGCCUCUGCCGUCUGUCGCUGGCCACGGGACGUAACUGGGGCCGGCCAGCCCACCCUGACGACCCGGUGGGAGCCCACUUGCGGCCAACGCCCCUAUGCCGCCGGGUCGGAGGCCGCGGCGACGCUGACCUGAUGCUAACAAUGCUCCCAGCUUAUCGACCACUGGAUUGGGCGGUAGCGCGGGGGUACGCUGUGAACCGGCAUGAACUCUUGGACUGGAUGCAAUCGUGCGCGUUGCUCUAUUUCGUGGACAAGCAUGGCUGCGCGGUGCCGACUGCCUCCGACCUGUCCGCCUCCGACCCCUGCCGUCCGGUGGUGUCGGGGCUGAACCGCCGUCGCUGCCUGCGGCCGGCCGCAGACGGGGACGGAGCGGAGGUGGCACCGGCCGGCCGCCAGCUGAUUGGUUCCCUGCUGGCGGAGACGGAAGCGUUGAUCGACAGCUUCGACCUGUUCAAGGACGCUCGCUGGAACCAGGAUGAACAGGCUGCGGAGUUCGACACCGGACGCGGCGCCGACUUGCGGGUUGAAGCCAUCAUGGCCGAGGGUCUGGACCCGGUCCGCGCCGUUUUCCUGUUGCGGCUCUACGACGGCACUCUCGACCCUUAUGCCGACCAAUGGCAGCGGUUGGUAGGCGACCCCGGGUGUUUCGACCGACUGCUGGAGCCGGUGGUCAACCGCGCCAUGCCGCCGCCGCCCGACGCGGUUCUCACCGCUAUCAUGGAGGACGGCUUCGCCCUGCUGGAAGCCCGGGCCGAGGCGGCCGCCGAUUGUCUGGCCCAAGCUGAAAUUCAGCGUCGCCUGCUGGAGCAGCAAUCCGCUGGCGCCUCCGAUGCCCUGGCCGAAGGGUGA